UGUAACAGACUUUCUGUGAGUUUAAAUGGGUUUAAGAAAUGCAUUAUCUGUCUUACUAAAGAGGGACUUUUAUUUUGACGGGUGUUGUAGACUACAGGGAAGGAAAGGGAGAGCACGCAGUUCAAGUUCAUCAGAGUUGUGUCGCAGAUAACGUUUGCAACUUUAAGCACCCCCCGAAAAUGCAUAAGCUCUUACGGUGAUUCUUGGAGUCUUACGGUGAUUUUUGAGUGAAAACGGACUCAAUAAACUUCAUUAACAUCAGUAAAGCUUGGGCCAUCAUUCGGGCGGGGUCUGCUACAGUAAGAGCUUUACCUUCGCUGGUUAAGAUCCUCGAUGCACGUGCAUGCUCACGAUGGCAAUAUGACGGAUUGCUGCACGUCGGAAUCAGCGUGAUGGUCUACGGAGCAGAGUCGCUGUAGUCAACGAGUUCACUAUGGAAAUGGAUACGGACGAACCGGAUUCUGAAAGCCUGCUUCAGACGGAUAUUGAAGGUGAAAAGGAUAAAAAUGAAGCAGUUAAAAAUAAGGAUAAAGAUAAACCUGAAUCUCAGUGUCAAAAGCAAGACAGUAAAGAACUCACUCGACGUUCAGAACGUCCGCAUAUGCCCACGGAGAAAAUGCUUGCUUAUCAGAAAGAUGAAUGCUGUAAGAAAGAAAAAAGAUUAAACACUUUGUAUGAGCAAUGGAAGAUAGAAGCUCGUAAAGCAAGACAGAGCUUAAAAACGGACAUAACUGAUAAACAGCUGGCUGAAAUGGCUGACUCUAUUGAGGACAAAAAUAAUAAUAUUUUGAAACUCUUCAGUGACAUAAGGGAACAUGUUACACCUACUGCAGAUUUAAGACGUAAAAUUGAUGCAUGUGAAGCUGUGACCAAUGACAUAAUCAAAAUAGUGCUUGAAAGAAUGGCAUUUGUAGAUGGCGAAUUUGAUGCAGAAAGAGAAAGGGGCAGGCUGCGUGAACUUUUAGCACAUAGUUAUGCUCGCUCUAUAUAUGGUUCCAGUGCUUCAAAAACAAGUGUCAGUAGCCAUUCCAGAUCCUCUAGUGCAACAAGCAAACGUGCAGAUGCUGCAGCAGAACUGGCUGCAAAAGAGGCUGAAUAUAAGAUGAUGCAAACAGAAAGGCAACAAAAGGAAAAAAUAAGAACUUUAGAAGAGCAACUCAGAAGAGAGUUAGAAACUCAAAAGUUUGAACUGGAACGGCUGCAGGUGGAAAAGGAUAUAGAGGUUGCUCGAGCCAGAAUAAAAUCCUAUGAUGAAGAAAUAAAACAAGAGACAAGAAGUCAGUCAAUACCGAAUGAUCAUCAAGGGCAGAGAAAUGAAAUGUUACAUCAUUGCAGUGUUGUUCAGUCAACACCUCUCAGUGAAGUGUCCCAUCUUGCUCAGGCAGUUCAGGACAGCAUAGCCAUCAACAGGUUACCCAUACCCGAGCCUUCAGUGUUCAAUGGAGACCCAAUUCAGUUUGUGGACUGGAAAGCCUCAUUUAUGUCACUUAUAGAUAGAAAAGGCAUCUCUGCAGCUGAUAAACUCUAUUAUUUGAAAAAGUAUGUCAGUGGCUCAGCACACAAAUAUCUUGAAGGCACCUUUUAUCGUAAUGAUGAAGAAGCGUACAAAGAUGCUUGGAACAAGCUUAACCAAAGAUACGGGCAGCCAUUUGUCAUUCAAAGAGCAUUCCGUGAAAAGCUGUCAAAGUGGCCAAGAAUAUCAUCCAAAGAUGCAGAAGGCCUGAGAACAUUUUCAGACUUCUUAAAUGCCUGCCUGCAAGCCAUACCUCAUGUUAAAGGCCUGGAAAUAUUAAACGACUGUGAAGAGAAUCAAAAGCUGGUACAGAAACUUCCUGACUGGGCAGCCUCCAGGUGGAACCGCCAAGUCACAACAUCACUUAUGGAUGGCAAGGAAUUUCCAAGCUUUCAAGACUUUGUAAAAUUCAUGUCAACUGAAGCAGAAAUAGUGUGUAAUCCUAUCACUUCUCUACAUGCUCUUCAUUCACGCGAGUCACCUCAUGAGAGAAGAAUCUCAAAUGAAACCAAAAGAAACAAGGCGAUUGUCUUCAAAACACAAACAACAGAAAACAGUGACAAACAGACAAUGGCUAAAGGACAGUUAAAAACAUCAUGCAUGUUGUGUCAAGAUGACAGCCAUCCACUCUGUAAGUGCCCAGAAUUCAUGGUAAAGUCUCUGAAAGACAGAAGGUCCUAUGUCAAAGACAACAAACUCUGUUUUGGGUGUAUGAAACCAGGUCACUGUGCUAAGGAUUGUCGGCAUCGCCACACAUGUGAUGUAUGCAAACUGCGACAUCCCACAUGUCUUCAUGACUACAACUAUGAGAAUAACGGAAACAGAAAGCAACCAACGGUAAGCAUGGAGCAUGCACGUGAGAGUGAGAUUACAGAUGCCAUAUCGCUUAAUAUCACAAGACAAGGUCGUUCAGUCAUUACAUCCAUGAUUGUACCUGUGUGGGUGUCGUCCAUCAAAAAUCCAUCCAAUGAACAGCUUGUCUAUGCUUUGUUAGACACUCAGAGUGACACCACUUUCAUUGAUGAAGAAGUGAGUAAUACACUGCAAGUGGAUUCUCAGCCAAUAAAACUCAAACUUACCACCAUGAUAGGAGAUAGUAUGAUAAUUAAAAGUAAAAGAGUGUCUGAUCUUCGUGUGAGAGGGUACAAUUCAUCAGUACAUAUCAAUCUGCCUCCAGUAUACACCAAGGAGUGUAUUCCUGUCAAUCGUGAUCACAUACCAACGCAGGAAACGGCAAAGAACUGGAGUCACUUGAAGGUAAUCACAGACGAAAUGUCACCUCUUCUCAGCUGUGAAGUAGGUUUACUUAUUGGCUACAACUGCCACAGAGUGCUAGCUCCCAGGCAAGUUAUACUAGGAAAAGAUGAUGAACCUUAUGCUAUUCUAACUGACUUAGGAUGGAGUGUUGUGGGCUGCUCCACACCAGGUAUCAACGGAUCAACAUCAGUCAGUCUGUGUCACAGAAUAGCCACAAAGGAGAUUCCAGCUUUGACACCUAUGGAUGCCAUCCGUGUACUCGAGUCGGACUUUAAGGAUGUCACAGCAGAUGAAAAGACAAUUUCUCAGGAUGAUAUUGUGUUCCUAGACAAACUCAAAGAAGGUAUAAAGAAAAAUGCUCAAGGACAUUAUGAAAUGCCUCUUCCGUUCAAACAACGGCCAUACUUACCUGAUAACAGAGAGCUUGCCAAGGUCAGACUCAAUCAUUUGAACAAGAAAUUCUGUAGAAACGAGAAAUAUAAGACAGACUACAUUGCUUACAUGAAUGACAUCAUUGAAAGAGGUGAUGUAGAAACAGUGAAUGAUGAUGGAACUGUUGGCGAAAAGUGGUACAUACCUCAUCAUGGCAUCUACCAUCCAAAAAAGCCAGACAAGCUACGUGUCGUUUUUGAUUGUUCCGCAAAAUUCAAAGGCACAAGUCUCAACGAACAUUUGUUACCAGGACCAGACAUGAUAAACAAUCUCACCGGAGUCCUUGUUAGGUUCAGAAGGCAUCCUAUAGCUGUAAUAUGUGACAUCGAAAAAAUGUUUCACCAGUUUCAUGUCCAGGAAAAUGACCGAGAUUACCUGCGCUUCUUAUGGUGGAAAAACGGAGACACAAAUUCAGCGCUUCAAGAUUAUCGGAUGAAAGUGCAUCUUUUCGGCGCGGUUUCUUCGCCUGGCUGCGCAAACUAUGGACUAAGAUAUCUAGCCAGUGAGCAUAGUCAAUCAUACCCAUUAGCCGCUCAGUUCAUCUUAAGAGACUUCUAUGUUGAUGAUGGAGUCACAAGUGUAGAGACGGUGGAAAAGGCCAUUCAGCUGGCAAAGGAAGCACGGGAGUUGUGCAUAAAGGGAAGUCUUCGACUUCACAAGUUUGUGUCAAAUGACAACACUGUUCUGCAGAGCAUACCAGCAUCAGAACGUGCUGUAAACUUUGAAACAAAGGAUCUUACCUUCAAUGACAUGCCACUUGAAAGAGCGCUGGGAAUUCAUUGGAACAUACAGAGUGAUAGCUUCCAAUUCCAUAUCCCACUAAAAGGUCAACCUACAACACGUCGUGGCAUAUUGUCAACGGUUGCCUCCAUAUAUGAUCCUUUGGGCUUUGUAGCUCCCUAUGUUCUCAAUGGUAAGAGGAUCCUACAAGAAAUGUGUCGCCAGGGUACAGGCUGGGAUGAUCCACUUUCCCUUGCUCUUAGCCCAUGGUGGGAGAAAUGGCAGAAUGACUUUGUCAAUCUGGAAAAGGUGGACAUAUCACGAUGCUAUGUGCCUGCUGAUUUCGGUAAAAUUGUAAAAACGGAAAUACAUCAUUUCUCUGAUGCAAGUACCUGUGGUUAUGGUCAGUGUUCUUAUCUGAGAGUAAUCAAUGAGAAGGAUGAGAUUCAUUGCACUUUCCUCAUUGGCAAAGCCCGGGUUACUCCUGUAAAGAUUACUACAAUUCCAAGCCACCACGGUCCUACCACCACCAGGAAAGUUCAUAAGAGAAGACAUCUACGGGAGAAAGAGAUGGAGACAGGUGCAGUACCUUACUGA